CUUCAAAGUAGAUAAAUACGCUUGCUAAACGAUGACAAAAGGUGCGAGAGUGUUUGGAGGCAAGUCUGGUGUGCUUCCGGAAGUUCGUCAGAUCUUCAAGCAGCCUAUCAAGCCUGUUGUGAGACAUGCCAACCCAAAUGUCGGUUACGCGGAAGGUGUUGAACAUCCAAAAGGAACGUCUCGUGAACAACCACUACCAAAAGUGCGUACAGUUGGUGAUCUGAUCAAGGAUACCAUGAAGAAUCCAAAAAGCGUACCUCAAUUGUCUACUUUGAACGAGCAGCAGAAGGAGAAAGUGACCAAAGCCGCACUUCGUCGUAAAUACUAUGCCGACAGUUUGCACAGAGAAGAGAAGAGACUUGAGUAUGUCGAGAAGAGAACCAUCGAAAGGGAAGACGAGGAGAAGAGAAUCAAAGAGAACAUCACAUACGAGGAGUCCGAGUCUGCCAGACUUACUUUGCCAACGAUUAACAAGUUGUUGGAAGGUCCAUUGAUGAGAGAGAGAACAGAGGAGGAGAAACAGAUACUUCAGGCAAAGAGACAAGCCAAUAGACUACAAAAUGAGCUUAGAGGCAAAGAGAACAGAGCCACUGAUCUUCUGGAGUUAUACUACGCUGCUGAUAACUUCAUCACUACUGAGGCUGAUCUCAAAGCCGCAAUUGAAGAUGCCUUUGGCGCCAAACGUAUUUCCACAGAGUUCCAGGCACAACGCACCUACAGUCCAAAGCUUCUUGAUGCCCUAUUUGGUACUAUCGGUGCAACCAAGUCAGGUGCUGAUAGUUCUUCGAAGCCAGGUCUUGCUCAAGUGGAGGAGCAAAUCACUGGUGAUAGACAUGAGUUUGAACAAAGAGUUGCUGAUGCCCAUGACAGAGCUGUGAACAAGGAGAGGGAAGAAAGCUUGAGGGAUUUGAAGGCGAACUAGAAUCAUUAAAGUGCAUGUAUAUAUUAAUUAUCACGGAGUAAGCAACAUGAUGUAUAUAAGAUGAGGAU